AUGGAUAAAAAGAACAAAUAAAUAUAUUAAUUGUCAAAUAUUAAUUUAUAUAUUUUGUUUUAUGAAGAUAUAGAUAGAUAUCACAGAAAAAUUAAUUUAACAUUCAUUAUUUAAACUUAAUGUUUGUAUGUAAAACAUAUACUUACAAAAAUAAUAGGAAUUAGAGAUGGCCAUUUAUUUAUUCAUAUUUCAAAAAAUUCUAGUAUUUAAUGUUCUUAAAUAUUAUAAAAAUAAUGUUAAUAAGUAGAUUUUUCUGUUUUAGCUCUGUAAUUUUACGAGUUUUUAUAAUAUCUCAAAUUAUAGCAAGGUGCCAUACAAAAAUUUGAUGGUUUACAUGCCACUUAUUAUGAAAUAGAUUUUUAUUUAUUUAUUAAAAAAUAUGUUUUUAUAUUUUAUAAUAGAGUUGUUAUCAAUAAUUUAAUUUAUUAUAAUUUCAAAAAUAAAUAAUUUUUUUAAGUCAUAUGUUUUAAGCUUUUUAAUAUAUUUUUUAGAUUAUUUUAAGAUUAUGCUCAGAACAUAAAACGCUAGCUAAGAAAUUAUAUUUAUUUUUUAUUUAAAAAUUUUAGAGCCAAAUAUUAAUUAAUUAAUAGUUUUAACUUGUAAUAUAAUUCAAAGGUUAAAAAUAUAUUAAUUUAUAAUUAAUUAUAUAUAUCUACUAGAUUAAAUAUUUUCAUUAAAAUUGAAAUGGUAAUUUAUUGA